UUUAUCCACGAUUGUUUCAGUUCCACGCGAAGCGCAACUGUGUCAACGUGCAUCAUUCUCGUUCAACAUUUAUUUCUCGACGUUUUCAUUUCGAAACGAGAACAUAAGUUGAACCGACCACUCUGCAAAAGGUGAAUCGACUAACAGAAGCUGAUACCAAGUGAAAAAAAAAAGAACCAGUUAUGGUAUCAAUAAAUUAACAUCUUAAUUCAGAUGUAAACAAAGAAGAUUUAUUCUCCAAUACUAGCAUCGAGAUUUCAAUCAAUCCUUUGUUAAAUAAGAAUUUCCAACGACAGUGAAAAUCAUCGGUGAUUUAUGUGAUUCAUUGUUCGUCGAAUUUCGUAAAAAUCAAACUUGUUUUGUGACGAAGAAAUGCGGUAACAAACAUCAAGCGAUAAUGCCGUUGGACGUGAUCAUUAGCAGGUACUUGGGCACGUUGCCAAUCAAAGGAUUGUUAUGGAUAUGUCUACUAACGUGGACAAUAUCAACGGGCCAUGCGAUCGAAGUCGAUUGUUGCCCACACGGAUCGCUAUUGAUGCCUUCGAUGAAUUGUUCCGAUGGUACGAGAAUUCAUCUAAUGUGCCCUCAUGGUAGUUACCUGAUCGACCCAGACGAAUCUGCUAACGACAACUUUACCGUAAUUUACGAAUAUGGCAAACCCUGGCUACAAUUUACGGAAACAGAUUAUGAGAAAAUCGCGGCGAACAGAUUCUGCGUGGCAAAUCGAAACAAUGCCAGUACCAAGAUCGCAUUCGUAUGCUUCGAAGGAGAACACUAUAGCAGUUCAACGAUAUGGAAAGAUACAUUGUUCUGCAUCCUCAGUAUCAUAUCGGCUAUAUUUUUAAUCGCUACUAUAGCUGUUUACGUGCUACUGCCAGAAUUAAGAGAAAUUCAAGACAAAGCCAUGAUGGCUGCAGUUACAUCACUUGCGGUCAGCUAUAUUGUUCUUUCCAUUCAGAAUCUGAGACCCCAGGAAGAAGGAGAUUAUACUAUAUGUAUCUCUUUAGGAUUUAUUCUUUAUUUUGGCUUUAUAUCUGUCUUCUUCUGGCUAAAUAUCGUCUCUUUUAAUAUUUGGAGAACUGUUUGGUUUAAGCAUUUCAUGAUCAAAGAUAAGCUACUAUUUACUAUCUAUUGUUUGUGCGGAUUUGGUGGACCAACGUGCUUCCUGAUAGCGGCAUUGAUAAUGCAUCACAUCGAUGGACGACACUUGAAGCCUGGUUUUGGCGAAGAAACCUGUUGGUUCAGUGGGCCCAAACAAAUGUGGGCGUAUUUUUAUGGGCCAAUUGCCAUUUUACUGACGCUGAACAUCAUCUAUCUGGGAUUGACGAGCUGGAAAUUGUGGCAUCAAUGUCGUGAUUGCCAUGGAGGAAAAUUAAAAGCACUUCGCUUUAAAUUUCUACUUUAUGUUAAAUUGAUAUUUGUUAUGGGUGUUACUUGGAUCUUCGAGGUGCUUUCUUAUGCUGAUGGUUCCAGGAAUAAUUUUUGGAUACCAACGGACAUUCUGAACGCGUUACAAGGUUUCAUAAUAUUCCUGUUACUGGUCGCCACACGGAAGCGUGUCCGAAAGUUGCUAGCCAAAAAAAGACCUUGCGGAAUUGGAUUUCCGAAAUCUUGGACAGCCUACAAGGACGAAGAGUGCGAAGACGUGGUCCUACCCGAGGAAGUUGAAUUAUCCCAACACGACUGUUAGUCCUUCUAUCAUUAUCAUUCUUCUAUUAUCUUUGCAUUUUUAACACUUUGAUGGUUGUAAAUUUCAUUAUUAGAGAAUUAUUAUUUAACAAUUUUGAAUUGUAAAAAGUGACAAUAGCCGUCAAAGUGUUAAUUAAAAUAAUUAUAUUUUAGGAUUAAUUUAAUACUCUAUUAAUCCACCUAGUCGACAUUUUGUUUCAUAAUCACAAACUAUGCAAGAAUCUCUGCACUAUUAUUAUAAAAAAAAAAAAGAAGAAAAAAAAGAAAAAACACUAAAGUAGGAAAACGUGUUAAUUAUCAUCGUGUGACUGAUCGUGUAUCGAUUAUGCUUUACACGAUCUUUUGUAGAUUAGUUAAAGAAAAUCCAUUCUAUUUUUUUUAAGAUUUCAACGCGAUUUUUUUCGCAGUUAAUCACUUUAUUUUCCUCCUUUCAAAACGUUUGCGUCGUACUUUCAUUCUAGUCGACUCAUGCCGCAUCGCUCAUGACGAUUCACCUUAAAUUACGCACGCUUCUGACGUGUUUUAACCAUUUAAAAAAAUAAAAAAAAAAAAGAAGAAGAAGAA